AUGGUGGCUCGGGCAUGUGCAAACUUCGGUGUCGCUGAACUAGUUGUCGUGCAUGGUGCCAAGCUUCAAGCUGCCAUCGGCAGAGCCGGCCGCUCUCAGGAGAAGGCGCAGCAGCUGGGUCUCCAGCAGGAGGCGGCGGAGGUCGAGUCUUGCGCGCUGGACCUCUCGGCCUGGAAGGGCUGUGAGCGCUUGGCCACUCAGGAGGGUGCCGUGGUCUUGCAGUCCGCGAAGCUCUUCGGGACCUUGAAAGCGGCCUUGGCCGGAACAGGGCGGAGCGUCGCCUUCUCGGGCCGCCAGGGCCACAACUUCCGUGAGCCGACGCUAAGCCUCAGACACCUGGCACAGAGCAAUGCCGUGCAGAGCCGAGCUCUGAACGGAGGACGCGAUUCGCUCGCACUGGUCUUUGGCUCCGAGGAUGUUGGCCUCUCCACAGAAGCUGUGCUGGUGUGCACAGACGUGUGCCGAUUGCAGACGUCCGACUGUCCGUCACUGAAUCUCUCACACGCUGUUGCAGUGGUGCUGUCUCGAAUCUUCGAGGAGGUCUUGGAGAGAGAGGCAUGUGCACGUGGAGACAGUGCCGGAUUUGUUGUCGGCGAGGAGGCCUCAGUAUCUUCUGUGCCGCCUGCAUGGACGGCUGACUGGUCGGAACUUUGCCGACAGCGCUUGGAGGCCCAAGGCUAUCCAACCCAGGCUGAGCUCUGGCAUGGGCGUGGCCGGAGGAAGUGCCUCUUCACAUACCGGCUCUUCCGGGUGGUCGCAGAUUGCGGCCGCGCGUUGCAGCGCGCCAGCGCGAGCGAGUCUGAGGUGGUCUCUUGGAGGAAGCUGGUGGAGGCGCUCUCCAGCCGCCAGGACUUGGAAGUGGCCUUGGCAGAAGCAAAGGCGAAGGCAGAGCUUCAGGAGCACGUGACCGGCUCGCCGGGCAGCUGCAGAUGGCUGGAGCUGCCUGACGGCAGACGGGAUUCCGUGUCGUCCACUGGCUCCAGCACGAGACAUGGAAAACCCACCGCGCGAGGGCAGCCUUCCGCCAAAGUCGUGGAAAGCGCCCGGGAAAGACCGCGCAUCGCCAGGCCGGUGCCACGGAAAAGCGCCGCAUCCCCGUCCAAGCGACCCUUUGCCGCAGACGUGGCCAAGGAGGCGCUUUCGCCGCGCACGCCGCGUACAAUGGGGAGCUCGUCGUGCGCCUCGCCGAGAAAGUCGGCGUCCACGUGCGUCGAGCACAUGCUGCCAGUGGCAGGAACUGGAGACACCGGCGGAGAGCAAAGUGGCAUCUCUGCAGAGCAAAGCCAAGGCUUUGAACCGGCAGCAUCGAAGGAAGGCGAGGGCUUGGACGCUGCACAGCUCAAAGCCCAGAUGGAGGUGCUUCAACAGAACUACGAUGCCAUGAAAGCGGAGUUCACGAGCCAGAAGGUGCUGCUGGCGCGGCGGAGCGCCAAGCUCCGGGAGAAGGCCAAGGAGCUCCACUCCCGGGAUUUGCAGCUCUCGUCUCUGCGCCAUGAGAUUCAGAUCAAGGACGCCCUGCUGAAAUGUCUGAAAGACGAGGAGCGCAAGCAAUUCCGGACAGCUGACCACGAACUGGAAGUGCUGCUGGAGCAGGCGAUGUCGCCCUUGUCGGCCAUCCUCACGAGCGAGCAGAUGGCGCUGGCACGGCCGAGGGCGAGCGAGGUGCCGAGCUCCAUGGCCUGA